AUGAGCGCAAAACGAAAGCGCUUAGAGGACACGGCGGAGAACUCACCUCCAGAAGGUACACCUACGCCAAAGCGACGGAAAGGCCGAAUUUCUGCAAAAGAACGUGAACGUAUCGCUCAAGAGAAUCGUAAAGCCCAAGGAGUUUACAACGUGCUCAGACAACAUACUGAUAGCGAAAAUAGGCAACUCGCCGACAAAUUCAUCCGGACACCUUCUCGCAGAACAGAGCCUGAUUAUUACAAGCAAGUGAAAUCUCCGAUAGAUUUCACAAGAAUUCAACAAAAACUCAAGACCGAAGAGUAUCAAUCAUUCGAGGAAUUUUGUGAAGAUGUCGAACUCCUUGUUGACAAUACGAGGACAUAUUACAAAGAGGAGACGGAGGAGCACAAAGCAGCUGUAGAGCUCUUAGAAAUUUACAAGGAUGCUAGAGAAAAGAUCAGGAAAGGAGAACCUCUGGAAAAAGAAGUCAAUGAUGGAGAUCCUUCGAGUUCUGGAUGUCCAAGUCCCCUCAGUUUAGUGAGGUCAAUCUCUCCUGCACCGAGUUCCCGAGCAUCAUCGAAUGGUUCCUCGGAUGAGGUAGAAACCGAAAUGGUGGAGGAUAUUUUGUGUGCGUUGUUGGAAUUGACAGAUUCCACAGGUCGCCUGAUUUCACCGCCUUUUCGAGUUCUGCAAAGCAAGGAGGAGUUUCCUGUCUAUUAUGAGAAAAUUCGCCAUCCAAUGGAUUUAAAAACGAUUGCUGAGAAGGCUAGAGCUGGUAUAUACAAACGAAUGUCUCAAGUUGAGGCGGAUGUUCGGUUACUUUGUCGGAAUGCACAGGUAUUCAGUGGGAAAGGCAGUGAAAUCUAUAAAGAUGCCGUUGCAAUGAUGACUUUCUUCAAGGAUAAGCGCGAUCAGGUCCUGGAAAAGGGUGUUCAUCCUAAGCGCCGAGAAAAAGUCCAUCGCGCAGUUGACGGGCUUCUUAUACAAGCAGCACUCCCAGCAACGUCUGAACUCUCUGAAGAUUCUGAAGAGGAUGAAGAUACUGAAGAAAGUGAAGAUCCUCUGUGGAAGCUUUAUUGGACUGUUCGUAACGCCCCGAAUGAAAAGGAUCGCGAAACGAACCUCUCUGAUCCAUUCCUCGAACUGCCUAGUCGAAGUUAUUAUCCUGACUAUUUCGAUGAAAUAUCUCGUGUGGUGUCCAAUGUAUUCGAGAAUGCUUGUGAAUAUAACAUGGAAUCGUCUGACAUUUACAUAGCUGCACAAAAAUUACAAAAUCUCACGAUUCGAAAGGCUCGUGAACUUCAGCCGAGCCUUGAUCUCUCGGCAAGUCCAUAUGAUAAGAAAUCUAAAGCUGCAAAAACUCCAAAGACCCCAAAGGUUAUGAAAGCAGAAGUGGACACUGACUCGGACGAUAAGAAUACUCCCCCACCGGAGAAGAAAAAGUAUCGCUCGCCAAAGAAAAUGCGGCCGAUAUCAACAGGAAUGACCGCUGAGCAUAUAUCCUUACCCGGUCGACCUGGGCGCAAAAGUAUGGACGAGCUUAUGCUGCGGUAUCGGCAGAAGUUGAUGACGUUCUGGGAUCUCAUUUACAAUCACAAGGUUGGAAUCUACUGGCCCGCUGGCGCCUUCAUGGAACUGCCGUCUUCUCGAGAAUAUCCUGAUUAUUAUCAAGUUAUUGAACACCCUAUUGAUAUGAAAAUUAUCAGGGAUAAAAUUGAAAAUAACAGGUAUGAAUCCUCGGAUCAACUAAUGGAAGAGUUCACGGUUUUGUUCAACAACGCUCGACAAUAUAAUGAGGCUAACUCGCAAAUUGCACGCGACGCUGCGGUUUUGUUGACUAUGGUCACUACAGCACAUGCAUCCGACAAGGACGCUCCCUAUGAGAGUCCUCUCGCUUUGAAACAAAAGUUCGGGUGA